AUGGAGCAGUCUAUGCGGAAAGAAACAGAGGGACAGAGUGGACAUCUCAGUUCCCUCAGUGAAAAGGAAUGUUUGGCAAAGAAGAAGUACACCACACAUACCAGUGGAGAUGUCUUGAUUGCUGGGAUUUUCCCAUUCACCUACACAGAAUUAGAACAUACCCAAGAUAACUAUUUUCAGGUGAGCCAUCAGUCAGGAUAUCAAUGCCCAUCUGUAUCAGAACUAAUUCUUAAUGGAGAGAUGCAGUUACUAUUUCAAAUACAUUCUGGGUCAGAAUUUCAUCUUGUUUUAGCCUUGGCUUUUGCUAUUGAAGAGAUCAACAAAAAUCCUCAUCUCCUGCCCAACACCACUCUGGGAUUUUCUACCUAUUCAAUUGGACAAAGAGACGUGAUGCCUUUUAGGAAUCUUAUGUUUAGCAUCUCUGGGAAGGACUUUAUUAUUAAUUAUAUCUGCAAGAGAGACAGUCAGACCAUAGUAGCACUGACUGGACCAGCAGGCACUGUCUCUUCCCAAUGUGCAACAUUGUUGGACCUCUACAGAUUUCCCCAGCUUAACUUCGGGCGUUUUGAUCCUGUCCUGAGUGACCAUCGCCUGUUUCCUUCUAUCUAUAAGAUGGCCCCCAAGGACACAUCUCUAGCUUCUGCUAUGGUUUCCUUGAUGGCUCAUUUUGGCUGGAACUGGGUGGGUCUGGUGAUCUCAGAAGAUGAGACUGGAAUGGCAAUGCUGUCCCAAUUGAGAGAAGAAAUGAACAAGCACAGAGUCUGUGCAGCUUUUGAACACAUGGUAUCAACUGCUUUCUUUAACAAUGCAGUAGAAAAUUUAUCCUCUCAUCGGAAAAUUGCAAAAUGGAUGACAAAUGUGUUUGUCAUUUAUGGUGACAAUGAUUUGUUGCUAAUUGUAUUAAACGCUGUAGGCAGAUAUUUAACUGUAGGGAAAGUAUGGGUCAUAAACUCCCUCAGUACAUUAAUACUUACGAUGAGAUCUUAUUUGUCAACUGUAAUCCAUGCACCUCUUAUUUUUUCACAACAUCAUGGAGAGAUUUCUGGUUUCAACAAUUUUAUCAAAACAGCUAACCCAUCUAAAUAUCCAGAAGACUAUUACCUUGCUUUGGUGUGGAUUCGAUCUUUUAAUUGCACAUUUUCUGAGUCUAGUUGUGUGACUUGGAAGAACUGUCCAGCCAAUGCCUCCUUGGAAUGGCUGCCUAGGUACCUUUUUGAUAUGGUCGUGUUGGAAGAGAGUUACAAUAUAUAUAAUGCUGUGUAUGCUGUGGCUCAGGCCCUUCAUGAGAUGCUUGCUGCUCAUGCAGAGACCCAGGCAGUGGGAAAUGGGACACAUCUUGUGUUUUCCCCUUCACAGCUCCACCCCUUUCUGAAGAACAUCCAUUUCAACAAUCCUGCUGGAGACCAAGUGAUUUUGGAUGAGCCCAAGAAAUUGGAGGCAGAGUAUGACAUUGUGAACCUUUGGAAUUUUCCAGAAGGUCUUAGGCAAGCAGUGAAAGUGGGAAAGUUUUCAGCAUAUGAACCACCUGGUCAUCAAUUAUCACUAUCUGAAGAUAUGAUAGAAUGGCCCGAACCAUUUACAGAGACUCCUACCUCUGGCUGCGGUUGGCAUUGUCGUCCUGGAUUCAGAAAAGCCCUUCGUGAGGGACAGGCUCCCUGUUGCUUUCAUUGUCUCACUUGCCCUCAGAAUGAGAUUUCUAACAGGACAGAUAUGGAGCAGUGUGUGAGGUGCCCCGAUCACCAGUAUGCCAACGAACAGAGAAGUAUCUGCCUGCCCAAAUCUGAGAGCUUUCUGGAUUAUAAAGACCCUUUGGGGAUGGCUCUGGUCUGCUUAGCUCUCUUCCUCUCUGCAAUUACAAUGGCCAUUAUUGGUAUUUUUGUGAAGCACAAUAAUACUCCCAUUGUCAAGGCCAACAACCGAGCUGUCAGCUACAUCUUGCUCAUCUCUCUUAACUAUUGUUUCCUUUGCUCCUUGCUCUUCAUUGGACAUCCCAACACAGCCACUUGUAUCCUCCAGCAGACCACAUUUGGAGUGGUGUUCACGGUGGCUGUUUCCAGUGUUUUGGCCAAAACUAUUACUGUGGUUCUGGCCUUCUCUGUCACUUCUUCAGGACAUAGGAUGCGGCAGUGGCUGGUGUCUGGAAUGCCCAACUUCCUCAUUCCCAUCUGUACCCUGAUCCAACUCGUUCUCUGUGGAAUCUGGUUGGGGACUUCUCCUCCCUUCAUUGACACAGACGCACUCUCUGAACAUGGCCACAUCAUCAUCCUGUGCAACAAAGGCUCAGCCACUGCUUUCUACUGUGUCUUGGGAUACUUGGGCUCCCUGGCCCUGGCAAGCUUCACUGUGGCUUUCUUGGCCAGGAACCUGCCUGACACCUUCAAUGAGGCCAAGUUUCUGACCUUCAGUAUGUUGGUGUUCUGUAGUGUCUGGGUCACCUUCCUGCCUGUCUACCACAGCACCCAGGGGAAGACCAUGAUGAUUCUUGAAGUCUUCUCCAUCUUGGCCUCCAGUGCUGGGCUGCUAGGCUGCAUCUUUGUCCCUAAGUGCUACAUCAUCUUGUUAAGGCCAGAUAGAAACUCCCUGCAUGGUAUCAGGGGCGAAACACAUUCUGGGAGAAAGAAGCCAUCUUAA